AUGAGCGGCGGGCGUAGCGGGCGAUCCGCCGUGAAGAUGGAGGCGCCGUUCUACCCCGAGGAAGGACUGGAGCUGUUACCCGACUUCGUGCCGCUGCCGGGUUUCGGUACCGCCGGCGGACCCGCAGCCGAUGCGGCGGCGGCGGCGGGGCAGAAGCUGCUGCUGGGCGCCGGGAAGAAGCGGGACCUGGCGGCCGCCGCCCCCGCGCCGCUGCCGGGGCCCUUCGCCCUUCGCCCGCCCGCCAGCGCCCGCGCGGCGGGCGGCGGCGGGGCGACGGCGGCGGCCCGUGGCGGCCCGGAGGCCGCGCUGGGCUCGGCCGCGGAGCUGCCGCUGCUGAAACUACCGCCGGCCGCCGACCUGGAGCAGCUGCUGAUCCAGGGGGGCGCGGGGCUGGCGUCCGGUAGCCCGGGGCCGGCGGCGCCCGGGGCGGGGAGCGGCGGGGCAGCGGCGGCGGGGCCGUUUCUGUACAGGCAGCCGGUGACGCAGGAGCAGGAGGGUUUCGCCGACGGUUUCGUUAAGGCCCUGGCCGACCUGCACAAGCAAAACCAGCUCCUGGCGGCGCCGCCGCUCUCCACGCCGGGACCCUGCUGCACCGCCCGCCCGGGGCCGCCGGGAGCCCCCGCCGCCGCCGACCCGCCGGCCGUCUACACCAACUUGAGCGGCUUUAACCCCGCGGGGCCGCUGAGCCCCUCGGGCAGCGCCUACCCCUCCGCCUCCGCCCCGCCGCCGCCGCCGCCGCCGCCGCCGGGCCUGGCCUUCGGGGCGGCGGGUCUGGGGAGCGGUCGGCUGCCGCCGUCGCGGUCCCUGGAGGAGCCGCAAACGGUGCCCGAGGUGCCGCCGUCGGCGGGCGGGGAAGGCGGCAGCAGCGCGCCGACGCCGCCGUCGCUGUCGCCGCUGGACGCGGAGAGCCAGGAGCGGCUGAAGGCGGAGCGCAAGCGGCUGCGGAACCGCAUCGCCGCCUCCAAGUGCCGCCGGCGGAAGCUGGAGCGCAUCGCCCGGCUGGAGGAGAAGGUGAAGGCGCUCAAGGGGCAGAACGCCGAGCUGGCCGCCACCGCCAACCUCCUCCGCGCCCAGGUCACCCAGCUGCAGGGCCGCGUCCGCAGCCACCUCUCCUCCGGCUGCCACAUCAACGCCGCCGGGCAUCCUCCGCCCCCCGCCGCCGCCGCCGCCGCCCAGCCCCGGGAGGCUCCCGCCGAGGCGGCCGCCGCACCGGAGACCAGCGCCUGCUGAGGGGACACCCCCCGCCGGCCCCGGCCCCGAGGCACCGCGGGGCCGAGGUGCUCGCCCGCCGCCGCUCUUCUGUUGUUAUUAUUAUUAUUAUUAUUAAUUAUUAUUAUUUAUUUGCGCCCGAAGAAGGCGGUUGCAGGAGCCGGGUGUUGCUAAGCGUUUCCCGAGGUCUGUCGAUGUUGCACUUAAGCAGCGAGGGUCUCCGUGGGUGGUUUUGGGGCAGGUGGUUGGUGGUGGGUUUUUUUUUUUCCAGUGAAGUACUUGAGGUCUGUAGAGAUUUCGGAAAAUAAGGAAAUUCCUGUUUACAGAAAGAUUCAACUUUAUUUUCAUGGGGGAUAUUAAAAAGUGUGUUUCCUAAUACACCUUACUGAACUGUAUAGCAAUGGAUAAGCUUUUCAAACUUAAAAAGAAAAAAAAAAAGCCAGAAUCAUACCCUUUUGAAAAGAUGUGCGUGUAUAUAUAUAUAUUUAAAACAUAAUAUGGCUAUGUAUAUUUUCUUGGUAUUGAUAAAGAACUUUUUUUAAAAUACUGUCUUUCUCUAGAGCUUUAAUUUGCCAUUGAGAGUUAAGACAACUACGUGGGUGCUCUUGCACUUAAUACGGCUUCGGUUUGAAAAUCGAACCCUGGAGGGAAAUGAUUUUUGUUGUAAAUCUUAAGCAGGAUGAAAUGCAUUGCUGACUCAGUCAUAUGAAAAUACUUUUCUAAACUGUAUGCUCCAUAUUUCUUGUGCCAGUGCAAAACUGGGGCAUUGAUAGUUAUUUAUUGAAACUUGAACACUUUUGGACGUUGCCUAGACCUUAUUUUUCUAGAUAACACGUUAGUAGUGGAAAUGGUUACUCUGGCAAGAAGAGCUUUACUUUUUUGUCCUUCACUGUGUACAUUCCAGUAGUGUUUGCUCUUUGCUUAGUAUAGUAACAAUUCAGUGCUAUACGGAAAAGGGCUCAGAUUUGGGGUGGGUUAGCUAUAAAGGUGGUAAUUCCAUUGUACUCUGUUUGAAUAAAUUGCAGAAAUAUUGUGGAGAAGUAGAUUUAUUUUUCAGUAGAAAUCUGUAUCUUGCUUCUUGGUCUACUUUGUUCUAAAGAAACUUUCUGCAAUACUCUAGAGACAGAAAGAGUCAGCGCUAGAAUGCGAAACAUUUUUCUGGUUGGGAAGAAUUGGUGUGAUUUAUUUCUUUGUCAAGAUUUUACUAGUAGAAGAGAAUCGCGAAGGGACUAUUUCCUCUGAUUAGACAUAAUCCUCAAUAAGUUUUUGGAAGCUUUAGAUCCCUUGCUUGGCACUACUGCCUACCUUUGCUUCUGCUGCACCCGUGUGUUUUGAGCAUAGCCGCUAACGCAGCGCUGUCGAGCCCUGUGGCAUGGUGCAGUGGGAAGGGUCUGUCGGAGUGUGACAGUCACCCCACCAGAAGCCCCUCAGUGCAGGGGCUGCGGGCUGGGCCUGCGGCUGGGGGAGGACAGGGCUUCUCCUGAGCAGAUCCAGCUGCAGAGUGGGGCCCGCUCCCCUCUUUGAAACUGUGCUAAAAACUCAGAGGCAAAUCUUACAUGGGGAUACGUGUCUGUGCCAGCUGGUGAAAAUGGGGGAUUGUAUGAGGAGCCGAGGGGGCAUAGACAUCUUUAUGUGUACAAGCCAUUGCUCAGAUCUGUUAAACCCACUCAGGAGCUGUUAAACAUCUCUUACUUCUUCUGAAGGCCACACUUGAUGCUUUGAAAUUCAAGAAGAAUGGGAUAGACUCACAGUUUUUCUUGCUUUUAUUGGGGAUACGUGAGUGCUAUCUGUUCAGAAAGUUGAGCUGUGGCAGUCAAGUGUGUUGAGGUUUUUCUUUUAGUGCAUAGUCAUUCCUGGCACACGUGUGAAAUGACAUGACAAUGCAUAGUAAUUGUGUUAUUGUAGCUGAGAUGCUCUGAGGAUAUUUCUUUUCUUAAUGCAUAUGCAAAUUAGGUAGAAGCCAUAUUAAUCAUUGUAUAACUGUUUAAUCAUGUCACCAGAGCCUUUUUCGGUGGUUGAAAUGAUUGCCUGUAACAGUACCUUCUGCUGUUAGAAAUAUUAAUGAACAGGUGAAAAACCAUUUGGAUCUUAAGACAGGUUUAAGGACUUCAGAAAGGCGUUCUGAACCGUACAGCAUGCAAUCUGUAGCGCUGCCUGUUAUAUAACAACUGGGUGAAAAAGAAAUGUUUUUUACUAUGUGGCAGGCAUCACCUACCUGCAAGGAUGCUGCAAGACUGGAGCAACUGAUAAAGACUUCCCCCCACCCCCCGAAUUAACACGUUUUCCCUAGUGAGAGAGGUAGCGCUGCCUGGUAAAUGCAUUGAUGUGAGACACUUGGCUUUACUGCAUGCGUGGUGAGAUGGGGUUUUUUGAAGAAAUCCUGGAAAAAAUCAUAAAAAUUACAUGGGUUGACACAACUGUUUCAGUUCUUGUAUUUGCAAAUGAGUGUAGGGCUAGGUAAAGAUCUUGCAGUAGGACACAGGACAGUGAUAAAUGCAGCUGCGCAGUACUUGGUCGUUACUUAUUUUACCAUUUCGGGUCAUAAUAAAUUAACAAUGUAGAAGGAGAAGUGGGUGAUCCAUAAAACACAGGAAACUCCUGCAAUUUCCCUUCCCAGCCAAAGGCAGGGCUAUCAUGGGCUAUAACCUGGCAGGGUUAUAAUGAGGUCACCCUUUUCAGCAUGGUGGUGUUAAAGCUGGAAACCACCACACGUUACCUGUCUCCCAUUUGAACUUUCUGCAAGAGCAGUCCUGCGUCCAGCCUCUCAAAGAUCUUGUGUGGUAACUUCUUUGGUAGCCUGCUUUAUGUUCUAGCUGACAUCUGUUAGGUGGUAGAGGUGCUGACAGGCCAGCUCUGUUACCCUGAUGACUGAUGAGACACUACUAGAGAGGCUGGUGGCUCCAGCUCUCUGCCAGAGGCUACUAUUCUGGUAGCAGAGUUGUCAGAAAGAAACCUGUUUUCUGUAGAGUGGCAGGUUACCUUCAUGAAUACCUUCUUUUGUCUGGUAUUUAGGCUAAGACAUGGGAUGUAACACUGGCAUGAGCAAAACCUGAGAAUAGUGUGGGUUGGUUGUGUUUUUUUCCCUGUUGGUUCUGCUAUAGGUUGCUGCUUCUAUAGCAGAGAUGUGAGUGGAUAGCCCAGCAGUUUAAACCAAUAUAAAGAGACUCAGCAGUACUUGCCUGCUGCAGCUGUCAGGGUUGGUUGGUACUGUCUUCUGAAGCACAUCAGUACUCUGACUUUUACCCCCACAGUGUUCCUAAAUCUUUAAAUAUGGCUUCUUUAUCUUGUUCUGCCUCUUCUAUUCAGUUUGUUGCAGCAUUUUUCAUGUCUGUUUCUUUCAGGUUUUGAUUUUCUGCCUGAAACUUUGGUCACUGUGAGAUCCUAAAAGAUAGAUACUGGGUAAAAAUUUUCCAGACUGUUUAUAUGUUUUGCAUCAAUGUAGCUCCUUCUCAGUAACUUCAUGCAAGUUGUCUGUAUAAGAGUCACUGUAAAAAACAAAAUAACAAAAAAAAACAAAAACCAAAACAAAAACAAAAAAACAACCCAAAAAAAUCAGUUUAUCUUCAGUGGAACCUCAGUGGUUUUUAGUAUUUUUCUUCAUCCUUCAGAACUGUACCGUGUUUUUUUAUACUUCUGCACACUUUUUGCUAGUCCUUACAAAGAUUCUGACUGCGUGACUUGAUUUGCAGGCUACCCUCAUGCCCUUCUGAUCUGGUUUUGCAUUCCAGGUGCAAACCCAUGACAAAUAAGCAUCCCUCUUUGUUUCUUUGCCCUACGUGUAAUGUCUACACUGGAGUUUAUGCAGUCCCUUCCUUUGUCUGUUUUGGUUGGUGGAUUUGCUCCUGUGCAAAUCUUGAUUGCUGCUCAUCAGCCGAUUUAGAAUGCACUUGAACCGAGGUCUUGAUCUAGAUGUAAAGUGCCUUCCUAUUUAGGUGCUACAGCACAAUAGUUUGAUUCGUAAGUGACUUUCAUUUCUUUGAAUUGUUAUCAGAUCUUUUCUGUCUUGGGGAGUAGGAGGAGGAGCGUUUGUGGUGAGGGAAGUCUUGUUCACCCCUUCCUUGGGCAGAGGGAGGAGCUCCCGUCAGAUCUGCCCCUGCUUGCUGUGAGUGCAGGGGAAGUACUCUGCUACGACUGGGUCAAAUGAUGCCACUGCUAGAAAAGUUGAUUGGUUUACUCCCCGGCAUAGAAUGGGUAGUGAAAUCUGUCACUAUCACAAGGUGUCCAGACGGGUCGGGUGGUUGGUGAGUGGUUCUUACUACUUUCACUGUGACUCUGCGUCGAGCCCAUUUGUCAGUCUUAGAGAGCAGUUCCCAAAACACAAGUACUUUGCAUACUUUGAGAAGUGUAGGUGUUUGGAGGUGAUAAGUCCUGAGAGGGGUGAUUCUGGUGGUGACAUUUUUGUCAUGAGUCUUUGAUGGAAUUGCAAGAAGUAAAUACCUCAAAGGAUUUGGACACUUCACUGCAGCUCAUAAAUUACUAUUGACUAUCAUGCACUGUUCAAGAUCAAAGGGUGGCCCUACUACAAUUCUCUGUUAUCUUGGUUCGUGCUUAUGUCAUUACUGAAGGAAGAGUCAUCCUUUUUUGUUCAUUUAAAUAUCUGAUCAACCACGUCUCUCUCACCUUUGACAAAGGGAUAUCUCUUAAAUUUAAGCCUUGAGGUAUUCUGCAGUUUGCAGCUGUUAAAGUGGAAGUUCUAUUUGGUAACUAAUUUCUAAUCAGUUACAUAGCUUGAUAAUACUUUCCAAAUUAUUGUAUAGUGUUCGGGGGUGUCUAAAGUACAGAUGCAUGCUAUGUCUGAAUUACUAGUUAUGCUGAAAAUAGUGACUUGGCUUCCAUAACCUGAGUCUUGGCUGUUUGAAUCCAGUACCUUUUGAGAGAAAAUUUCUCUAUAUCUGAAAUUAAUAUGCAAGAACAUCCCCCUCCCCAGUCUACUGGUAACAUAAGUAAUUCUUCAAUCCAUUUUAUGUGUCCUUCUUCUUCUGCAGUGUAAGUUAAAAAAGAAAAAGAGACGAGUUACAUUUUUGUUUAUUCUUAUGUGCAGCUGUAAUUGCUGCUGGAUAAUUUUGCUCUUUCCUUACUUGAUUCUCUUAGUUUCUAUGUUUAGCAAGUAGACAAAUUGGAGUAUGGCAUAUCUGUGUACAUACUUGAUUUGUACAAAACCACUUCCAUUUUCCAAGUAUUUUGUUUGCAGUUUUACUGUAACCAAGAAUGAGUGUUCAAGAGUUCCUAGGCUGUUUUGACACCCUUCGAUUGCUUCACUGUUGUGUGCAGUGAGUGUGCAUCUUACAGCAGAGAUGGACAGUAAAAUUUGUCAGGGAUUCACCGUUUUUAACGUUUGGCAAGACCUGUAUCAGCAGAAAAAGCCUUGAACAGAAAGCUUUCACAAUGCACAAUAAUGCUGCAAAUGUUGACUGAUCUUUCUGAUGCCACAGACACUUGCUGUGGAGCUGCAUCAGGGUUUACUGUACCCUGUGCAGUAUGAUGAAAUGUUCCUGUGUCAAACUGCAGAAUCUAAAGUUUCUUAUAACGCUGCUAAUCUUACUGUGCAUGGUGAAACUUUACUGUGAAGGCGUUCAUGAAUUAAAUCUGAAUUUAUGGAGACUUAGGCCAUCACAGUACGUUAUUGAAGACAAGAGGUCUUAUUAAUUCCCAGUUGCUUCUGUCCUGUGUUUCAAAUAUCUCUCCCUUUUCAUCCUGCCUAUGAAGUGGCUUGCAGCUGUUUGUGCUGUGAAACCUCUCCCCUAGUGGGUGGUCGUAACUCAGAGGCGGGACAGAAGCAACUUGUGCAUGAAGUGGUCGUGUGUGACAAAAUAAAUGUAGGUUUCUGAAAAACACUGCAACAGUGAGUGCACAUGGGGAACCUGCUGUGUCUGUGUGUUGCUAAGAGAGUCUAGAAAUGUAUACACCUAAUUCAUAACAAGGGUGGCUUUCUGAGACACCAUCUUGUUGACUUGCCACAGGCAUUGAUCCUUCCCACUUGCUUUAGUCUGGAAGCACUUUUCCUAAGCUAUUGCCUACUAGAUGGAUUACUUCCUGCAUCAACACAGUCACAAACCGGAUCUCUGCUUGGAUGUUGCAACAGUCCACUGCACGUAGGUCAGUCAGGAUGCCAUGCUCUAGCUGCCUUCACAGGGUCCUGCUGAGGAAACAGUGGUGGGGAGAGGAAGGAAACCAGUCUAGGAUGUGUAUCUUCACCCCAAUGCUGUGUUUUGAAAUGCAACUUUCUGUUGAGUAGUCUUGAUAAAAGUGUGUCGCUGAUGUAAAAGCACUCAGUCGGGGGAGUUGGACUAGAUGAUCUCCAGAGGUCCCUUCCAUCCCCUGUCAUUCUGGGAUUCUGUAAUCUUGGUCGUGUGCCCGCUGGGGACAUGAGUUCUUGUGCUGGAGUUCUGGUUUGGGUGGUAUCCUCUCCACUCAGUGCCAGCCACUGAUAUGGGAAAAGCCAGCAAAUCUGAACUUUAUGAACAAAUUCUUCUGAAGCAGACAGAUACCCACAAACGCAUUUCAAGGUGUUGUGCACGGACACUAGCAUGCAUAGAGAAGGGCAUGGUCAAAUGGAGGAACUGUGAUUUUCUUAGCUGCAGCAGUACGAUGGGUCAUCUUCAUAUCCUUUGGCAUGGUCGAGUUCUCCCGGAAGAAAACUAAGCUGUAAUUCUGUGGGUGAUAGCAAGGUGAUUUUUCAGACUUCCAGUCAAAUUGGAGGACUGUCAAAUCCUGCAAUACUAAAUUAAUAUGAAAAGAUCAUUUAUUUUAAAGUCACAUUUAGCCUUAACGUAAUCUGAAGUGCUGUAGUUCAUAUGUAGUUAUUUGCUGCAAAGUGAAGGGAAGGUUAUUAUAAAUAAUGUUUGCAAGGGAGUCACCCUAAAUAAUUACUUACCUGCUGUUUGCGUUUUUGUCUGUUACCUAAAAAGUCUGUAUCCAUAGUGUGGCUAGCUGUAAAUUGAGCUUUGCUCUGAAUUUCUAGUACUAGUAAUUAACAUGGUCUGCAAUAGUUUAAGGAGUAUGUGUGCUGGCUAAAUGGCUUUUCGGGAGGAAUUAUGAUUUCUGUAGGAAUGCUUUGGAGUGAUGGUUGACUAUGAAGCCUUGCUAACACACGGAGAUAAUAGAUAUGACCAGUUCACUGUGCACUAAUACACUGCUAGGUUGUGAUAUUUAGCACACUGCUGAUAAGAUUUACUUCUACUCUUACUUAUUGGUUAAGAACUAGUUCAGGGUGGAAUUGUAAGCCACCUAAAUAAGGUCCACACAGUCUGGAGAGCUGUGUCACUGGAGAUCAAUAACAGACCCUCCAUCCAGUCCCAGAAAAAAAUAUUUUUGGUUGCAGUCUUUCUUUGUUUUCAUUUUGGUUUUGCAAGUUUGGUUACUUUUCUAUAUUAAGUCCUGUUUCACUCUUCCCUUGAAAUUUGUUUAAAUAAAUUUGAAAACCUUUCUGCUGAGUACCUUGAAGCAUCUCUUGCAACUGUUCAGUUACAAUCAGCGAGAUUGUGGUAUUACUUCUGUCAUAGACGGAGAAAGCUGAAGCUGUUAAAAGUCAGGGUUCUCGCUGCAACCCUGUUCUCAGACCAUGGACUGAACAUUUGAAAAAUCAUAACCAGCAGCUUGAACUCUGCAGAACUGUUUGAUACCAUUUUCUUGUCCUUUGCAGAAAGCUUCCCACCGCCCUGAGGGAUGUGUGGCCCUCCUGCACGACGUGGAAAAUUGACCUUUAAGAACGAACAGCCUUUAAAAAAAAGGCUCAUAAAGAUAGUCUUGUGGUUCACACUGAGUCUUUUGAAGGAUAACAUGUUGAGCUUGAGAACUUUUCCCACACCUCUGUUUUUAUAAAUCUCCAGAUUUUCAUGUAAUGUAGGACACGAGCAAUGUGGUGGCAUAGAAUAAAAGUAAUGGACUGUUCCAGAGAGCAUAGUUAGGAUACCCUUCUUCCUUUUCCCGAGUAAUUGCUAGGGAAAGAUACUGUUAUAAAACUCAGCCUUCUUAAUGAAUAGAGCUAGAGGUUGAACUCUUGUUUUUUCCAGCUUUUACCAUUCUGUCUUUUAAUAUUCAUGGAAUGGUGACAGAAAUAGUGGGAAUGCACCGACUACUGGGGAGUUAAAUAAUCUUGAUAUAUAUAAUAUGUCACAUAAACUACAGCCAUAAGUAGCUAGGACACCUAUUCUGUUUACAGUCGGCAAGAUGACACCUUCAGAACAGAGAUUCCUAAAAUGGUGGCUAAGCUUCAUUACCAGUCCAAAGUAUUUUGUGCCAGUUACUCAAAUGUUAGUGUAAAUCCUUCGAAUGUUUGAAAGUCUUUCUGGGCACACUGUAACUGAAAUCACAGCACAAGCUGGUAUGUCUGUGGUAUCUUUGUGGUAUGUUACCACUUUCCCAGCAGGCUAAAAGUGUCUAAUAAAAGUAUACUUUUUUAUUCCUUUCUCUAUGCUGAUAGUUAGAGAUGAUAGUUGGAGGAAGCAGCAACAGUAAGAAAAAAAAAAUCCAACAAAGAAAUAAAAUUUCUCUCCAAUACAGUAUUUAAUGGUAAUAUUUGUUGUAUGUUUAAGUGGCAGAGAAUUAAGACUGAUCUUCAGAAUGCUUUUUAGCUUAUUUUUUUUUGUUAUGACUGCUUUAGUAUCUUCUAAACUUCUCUUCUUUGGAAACUGUGCCCCUCCCUAUUUGGCCUGAUGACUGGUAAUUUCACACUUAUUUAUUUAAAGCCAUGGCAACCACCAUACUGAAAUGUCAUCAAAUAAAGUCCAGGUCUGAAUGCUGACUGAUGAUGCAAAGGUCUGCUCUCUAAUAAAAUGUGGCCCGUGAAGGACGAGCUCCAAAAGACAGCUACGCCCUGUCUUCCAGCAUUUGCUCUAAUUUCAAGGCUUUCCCAUGUGGUGUUGCUCAACAUGUAGCAAAACAAGUUCUUGCGAGCCCCUUGAGCAUUCCUCCGCAUGUAACAGAUUAGAUAUUCAGGCAUCGUUAAUAUUUUCCUUCUCCCCCCUCCCCCCCCAAAACAAAACAAAACAAAACAAAAAACAAAACAAACAAAAAAAAACCAAACAAAAAAACAACCAACCCAAACCUGGAACAAAAGAUGCAACACAAGCAAAUCUCGGAGAAUUGUUUCACUUUGUUGCAAAGCACUAUUUGUUAAUUACAGAGACACUUAGCGCAGUUCUGACAUGCGAGCCAUCAGCGUAAACACUUCCUUGCACCAGUGAUUUUGCUUGGGUUGCGCGUAGCUACUUUGUAGGGGACAAAGGGGAGGGAAUAAGUGUUGCAAUAUAGUAUUGUGCAAUUCCUGGCUUUCAAACUGAAAAUGAUGAGCAAGUCUGCAUAGGCCUCUCACCCACGAAAAUUUGGCCACUGAUUCUUGCCACUCCCCCUCUUCUUAAUUAGGAAUGGGUCUACUGCGUUCUUAAGGUCAGAAGGAGAGAAGGGUAGAGAUCUUCAGAGCAGGCAGUGUCACGGCUGUUGUGCUGUGAAAGGCCCCGAGGCUCCUAGUCCUUAAAACUCAUGUUAAUCUCCUAGAUUACCUCUGGUCUGUGAUCUUUGAAGGUAAUCCUUAGGCUCCGUAUGCAGGGUUUUACCAGGAAAGGCGGCUGGGUCUGUAUUGCUGAAUAAGUCUCACUGGCUUCAUCUUUCCAAGUUUUUCAGUCUGUGGAGUUGUAGGAUGUUGUUCCAGGGCAGUUUCUCUUUCCUGGAGUGGCUCAUCUAAGGCUGGCUUGUUCUUCCCGCAGUUUCUGCCUAGACUGAAAAUCCUUCUGAGGUUUAGGAGACCAUACGUGUGCCUUCGCUGUGUGGUGUUCACGAUGGCUAAUAUGGUAUCACUCAGACCCUCUGAGAAAGGAGCAGCUCUGGGUAGGUGCAGACUGGGAAAGAUGAAAUCCAUCAUUCUUUGAGCCAUGUGUCUUUGCAUCUGUUGAGCAGAGCAACUAACUCCCACCAGCUAGAAAGGAGAGAGCUCUUGGGCAAUAGGACCCAGUUUUGAAAGCGUACAGUGCUUUUUGGUGCCUGGUUCUUGCUGAACUUCAGCAAUGCAGAAAAUGCCUCAUGCCCUGCAGAAUCGUGAGCCUUGCAAUAUUGUGGGCUGGGGCUGCUGCUAGGAUCACGCAAGUCCAGUGGUCCUCAUUGGGAUUACAGUUGUGCCACAUGCUGAUCAACGGACCAAAGGGACCUCCUGAAAAGGAGAAGCAGCCCCAGCCACGAGCAUCCCCAAGCUCUCUUUUUGUCCAAAAGGAGAAGUGUGAGCAAACUGCCACUUCCUACAGCUCUGAAAUCCAAACUGGUCCUUCCCAGGGCUUCAGGCAUGGCGCUGAAACUUUCUUGUUCAGGAAAGCUGUUCAAAACGAAAGGUGGAGACAGAGCAGUUCAGAUUUGGCUUUACUCUUCCAGCAGCUUACGUGCAACUAGUCGGUGGGUGGUUGUCUGCCUACAUCCUUUCCUGGGUUCUUGUAAGUUGGGUUUACGUGUACCUUCUUAUUCUGCCUUAUUAAAUUAGCUGGCACAGAGGAAGCCUCUGAGAAACCCUUUCAAAAUCUCUGCUUUAGGAAGAAUUUAAAGAAAUUACAGUAUUUGAAUAGAUUAAAAAAAACCCAAUACAAACAAAACAAAAAACCAAACAGCAAAACAAAUGACUUUGUAUGGAGACAGAAAUACUUCCCCUUUUUUUUGAACCUGAUUAUUUUUAGGAACUCUUCAAACAGGUGUGCUGGCAAGGAUGUUGCACACAGGCGGAGGUAAUAAUAAUGAAACAAAAUUCAGUAGCUACUCAUUUGCUGGAUUUGGUCAGGAGAGGUUUAUCAAGGACACUUCUGACAGCUUUUUUUCUGAUGCGGUGAUAUUUUUUUUAUGCAAACAGAAGCUACAGGGCUUAAUAAUAUACAACUGAGGAUUAUGUCCAUUGUAAUUUUUUUAUUUACUUUUACAAACUAUGUAGUAUUAUAUCUAAAAUACUUAUUUCUGAGACAAAGUGGACAUUAGUUGGCAUCUUGCACUUGAUUAAAUGUAAAACAUUUUCUUAAUUUAGUGAUGUGUUUAGAAGAAUACUGUAACUUACUAAAUAUACAACGGUGAUAACUGUGUUUACAAUAAUUUUCCAGUUCCUACUGUUCAGUGGUAGCCAACUUGUUUAAGAAUUAAAAGUAAGGCAUACUGCGAUUGGCAAUCUUGGAAAAAUUAACACAAUGCUGCUACCACUAAAUACUGUGGGAUGGCUACCAUGGGUUUAAAUGGUAGCAGAAUUGUAUUUCAAGCCUCUGUCUUAAGUACUUACGACUAAAAGGCGACUUGCCUUGUGCUCAUUUAUGUAUCCUUUUGUGUAGUACAUCGGUUAGAAACCUGUUAAUGAUUGAUUUGUAACACUAGGACCUUUAUGGAGAUCACAGUGGAAUUUUUGUUUGUUUUUUGUUUGUUUCUGAACAGACACUUAGACAUUUUGGAAUGUAUAACAUUGAUCCUUGUGCUGGAAUUGUUUACAUGCAAAAAGGUAUUUAUGAUUUUUUGCAAACUGCAAUGUGCAAUUUUGUACAUGUGUUUUAAACUAAAGAGUUUAUAAGGAAGAUAUUGUAUGUACAGUACUUGGACAUGAGUAUUUCUUUGAUAUAAAUAUCUAGAGGAAAAUUAA